UACAAUUACAAUACGCUGUACGUUAUAUUGUACAUUAAUGGUUUAUUCCAUUCACUGAACGGUGCGUUUUUAUUCGGGUUCCCUUCGCAUUUAACAGUUUGGCCGAAUUCGCGAUUUAUCUCCAGAAUUUCUGAAUUGUGUCUUGUGUAAUCUUUCUCUUUUUGCUUAGUAAAUAGUUUGAUCUGUCAAUCGAGAAUCUCUUCAAACAUACCUAAAUACAAAACAAAAUAAAAUAGGUUUUUUUUCUAUCACUCUUGUAACAUCGUAUUUCAUUUGCGUGAUUUUUCCGUGUACCGUUGUUAAAUUUAGAAACGAAACAUCCCGCCCGAUGGAGAUGCUCUCAAUCCUGAUGCACCGCGGUGUUUUGUUUUUGUUUGAUGUUGUUGUUUUAGGAUUGUGUUUGGGCGUUUAGUAAACACAAAAUUAUUAAUAAUGGCUUGCGUACCGUAAUUUUUAAGCAAUGUAACGCGUACGAUUGAAUUAAAAACGCAAGUAGGGCAAGUAGUGAUAUUCCGGUUAUUGAACCAGUAGACACCAAUAAGUAAGCAGGAAAAGGAAAGACCCCUAGAUGAGUGGUGCGGAACUACCCCCACGGGAGGUUGAAUUCGUUCCCGUUGUUCCGACGGCGGCGGAGUCGUUCAUCAAGCGCGAGCCAAUCGAGAUUGAUGCUGAGGAUGAUUUCCCCGAAGAAGAUGAGAAACCUGACGAAUUAUUGGCAGCUCUAAAUCUCAGCAAAAAGUCUUCACGUUCAGGACGCCGAAAAGUCGAGUUAAAACAAGAUGACGACAGUCUUAUAUCACCACCCAAAAAGAAGUGUUCCUCCACCACCCAGAAAGCGAUGGAAAAAGUUCCGAAUCCGAAAGAGUCUUUCAAGUGUUCAGAGGUUGGCUGCCUUUUUUCAUGUGCAUCGGCCAAAACUCUGGACGCGCACACCAAUCGUCUGCAUCAAAAGGUGGAACUGAAUUCGGCUAAGCCGAAGAAAACGAACGAAACCGUAGACAUUUCCGGCGUCGAAAUUCGAAUUGAAACUGUAGAACGAGAGGGCGGAAGAACGAUUCACAGAUGCAGCAGAUGUAAAACCGUAUUCAUCAAACGCUGUUCCGCCGAGGAACACAUUGCCAAGGUCCACCUGGACGUGAAACGAUACACCUGCAGUGUCUGUGGGCGGGGCUUCCAUCGGCCACGUGACCUGGAAGAUCACAGCCGGGUACACACCGGGGAGCGUCCGUUCGUGUGUCCCGUCGGUGGGUGCGAUUAUUCUUCGUCGUGGUGCACUACCGUUUACCGGCACGUCCGGAAGCACCACACGUACUACAGUGGGGAGCUGACGCCGAAAGCUGUGAGCAGAGUGCCAGUGGAAGGGACUGUUGAUGAUGGGGGAACUACUGGCGGAUUGUCCCAGUCUGACGAGGAGAAGAAUGGUGUUCAAGUUACAGAUGAACCUAUUGGUAUGACGCCGGAUGAAGUAAAUCUUGAACAAGCCCCAACUGAAGCCGUUACAGGUCUGGAGGAUGAAGAACUUAGCGAAAAGUUAUCCCCUUUCGAAGAGGCCAACAUAACCGAUAACUCAGGAUAUACCUGUAACAUAUGUUCCAAAACUUUCGAACAGCUUCCGAACAUCAGGCGACAUCUCAAUAGGGAUCACAGCGAGGUGAAGAAGCGUACCUGCCAUAUCUGUGGGAUAGCGAUGUCCAAUAUCUCCAAUCUCAUUCCUCACGUAAGAAGCCACACCGGGGAGAGACCCUUCAAGUGUGGUUCAUGUGAGAUGGAUUUCAUAACUGUUAGCGAUCUCAGAAGACACGGUCGUCGUUUCAACCACAGUCAUGACUAUUCGACGACAAAGAUACACACUUGUAUCAUUUGUGAGGUAUCGAUUGGUAGCUUUCGGGAUCUCGAAAAUCAUGCUGCUGUUCAUAUAGUAGAAUCGAAUUCUCCAUCACUUCAACUCAAUUUGACGCCCUACGAAUCUGCUAAGAUUACAAUUACCAGCGAAUCGAACUCACAAAAGUAUACUUGUAAUUUGUGCAAUAAGAAGCUAAAAUCACUUCCAGUGGCCAGAAAGCACGUUGUCAAGGAACAUAAAGUUGAGAAGAGUCUAAGUUGUAUCUACUGUGGAAUCACCAGUAGAUCGCGAGCAGCUCUAAAGAAGCACGUGAAUGAUCAUGCUGGCUCAAAGUUAUUCAAAUGCACGAAUACCCUCUGCAGUUAUGCUUCCAAGGUGUUCACGGAAUUCCAACAGCACUUCCACGAUUGUACGAAAGAGCAUCAGGCACUCUUUUCCAACGCAGACGGAACCAAACUCGAAAAUCCCCCCACGCGUUUCGAACGAUCCAACAUCUUCCUCGCCAACGGAAUCGAUGGCCGGAAGAUCCUCAAAUGCGCCCUCUGCCCGGCAGAAUUCGAACAAUUUCCCAUCGCACGUGAACAUCUCAAGACGGAGCACAAGACUACCGAUCGGUACGGGUGCCCUCGCUGUGAGGACGUUUUCCCGGAUGCUAAUAGUUUGGCGCAGCACAUAGCCGGACACGAAGGCGUAGAGCCAUUGCGGUGCCCGGUCGAGGGCUGCCAGUUUACCAUGGUGACCAAGGAGGAUCAGCUGAAGCAUCGCCGGUGGCACGAGAAGAAGGCCAAUCCUCGGCCGAAGCCGUUCGCUUGCGGCACGUGUGGGAGGCAUUUCGAGAUUAGGACCAGUCUCGUACGCCAUGUGAACAAAAAGCAUCGAAAGGCGGGAGGUGAGUGCUAGCUUUAGGGGUACAUAGUGAUCAACUGGAUCAAUAAACAAUUAAAUCUGUAA